UCUGAGGGGCAGACGGCGAGGGAGCUGUACCGGCGCUGGGAACGGUACCGAAGGGAGUGCCAGGAGACCCUGGAGGCCGCGGAGCCCCCUGCAGGCCUCGCCUGUAACCGGUCCUUCGAUAUGUACGUUUGCUGGGACUACGCUGCACCCAACGCCACUGCCCGGGCGUCCUGCCCCUGGUACUUGCCCUGGCACCGCCACGUGGCUGCAGGGUUUGUCCUCCGCCAGUGUGGCAGUGAUGGCCAAUGGGGACCUUGGAGAGACCAUUCUCAGUGUGAGAACCCAGAGAAGAAUGGGGCCUUUCAGGACCAAAGGCUGAUCUUGGAGCGGCUGCAGGUUGUGUACACCGUGGGUUACUCCCUGUCCAUUGCCACGCUGCUGCUAGCACUUCUCAUCUUGAGUUUCUUCAGGCGUCUGCACUGCACACGGAACUACAUCCACAUCAACCUGUUCACAUCUUUCAUGCUGCGGGCAGCAGCCAUCCUCACCCGAGACCGCCUGCUCCGUCCAGCUGGCCCUUACCCUGGGGACCAGCCCCCUGCCCUGUGGAACCAGGCUCUGGCUGCCUGCCGCACCGCCCAGAUCGUGACCCAGUACUGCGUGGGUGCCAACUACACGUGGCUGCUGGUGGAGGGCGUCUACCUGCACAGCCUCCUGGUGCUCGUGGGAGGCUCGGAGGAGGGCCACUUCCACUGCUACCUGCUCCUCGGCUGGGGGGCCCCCGCGCUUUUCGUCAUCCCCUGGGUGAUCGUCAGGUACCUGUACGAGAACACGCAGUGCUGGGAGCGGAACGAUGUCAAAGCCAUUUGGUGGAUCAUACGCACUCCUCUCCUCAUGACCAUCUUGAUUAACUUCCUCAUCUUUAUCCGCAUUCUUGGCAUCCUCCUGUCCAAGCUGAGGACGCGGCAGAUGCGCUGCCCGGACUACCGGCUGAGGCUGGCUCGCUCCACGCUGACGCUGGUGCCCCUGCUGGGCGUCCACGAGGUGGUGUUUGCUCCCGUGACGGAGGAACAGGCCCGGGGCGCCCUGCGCUUUGCCAAGCUGGGCUUUGAGAUCUUCCUCAGCUCCUUCCAGGGCUUCCUGGUCAGCGUCCUCUACUGCUUCGUCAACAAGGAGGUGCAGUCGGAGAUCCGCCGCGGCUGGCACCGCUGCCGCCUGCGCCGCGGCCUCGGCGAGGAGCAGCGCCAGCCCCCGCAGCGCGCCUUCCCGACCGUGCCCUCGGGCUCCGACCCCGGCCGGGUCGUCACCGGCCGCGCUCUGUCCUCGGGGACCCUCCCGGGGCCUGGGGAUGUCAGCCCGGUCUUGGAAAGUUACUGCUAGGGAGCAGGAUUCUUGUGUCCUUUCAGUUAGCACGUGUUUAUUGAGCGCCUACUGUGUACCAGGCCUGGUGUGGAGGGCGCUGGGGAAA